UCCGAGGACGGCCCGGAUGACUACUACACUAUUAAGGACAGUGACCUCAUGUUUGUGGCUGCCAACGCUGAGGAUGAUGCAUGCAGUUUGGAGGUACAUCUACAUGAUACCCAGCAAGGCGGGAUGUAUGUCCAUCAUGACUUACUGCUAACAUCGUAUGAUACGAUGGCCC